CAUGUCGGAGAGGAGCUGAACAUGGGAGCGAGCGCCUCCGUGUCGCUGUGUAGUGACGCCUCUUCAGUAAAGGUUUUGCGGUCCACGGCCAAAGUCAGCCCGGAGCCUUUAGUUUCCAACCGGACAGAGGUGGGUUCUGUGUUUGGUGUUGCCCUGGAAACACUGAAGGAAGACGGGCAGAUGGUGUGUGGAGUCCCUGCUGUUCUGAAAGACAUGGUGGAAUACCUUAAUAACAAUGGCUUGCAGCACAGAGGUCUUUUUCGAUUAUGUGGUUCUGUAGUACGGAUGAGGACACUGAAGCAGCGGUGGGACAGAGGGGAGAGGGUUGAUCUCCAGAAUGAUGGAGAUAUCUCAACGGUGGCGUCUCUUCUUAAACUGUUUUUUCGAGAGUUACCUAUUCCCAUAGUCCCUGAAAGUCACCGCCAACAGCUCAUCCAUUGUCUUAAAGGAAAUGCAGAUGACACCUGGACAAAUCAAACUUUGAAAGAAAAUCUUCAGUACCUUCCCACUGACAAUCUUAUUGUCUUGUCUUACUUAAUAAACUUCCUGUCCAGAGUGGCCAUGUUCAGCCAAUCAAAUCAUAUGCCAAUGGAAAACCUGGCUACCAUUUUUGGACCCUGUAUUUUUCAUGUACCCGCUGGUUCCAGGAUGAUUGAGGAGCAGAGCUUGUGUAAUGCCCUAUUGCUCCAUCUUCUAAGGCACCGCACAGUCCUCCUCUCAGACCAAGCAGAAGAACAACUCAUAUCUAGUAAUGACGAACUUCCCUCAUCCCCUCCUCCUCCUCUAUCUGCUCUCUCACAAAUUCAGACUUGUCCCAGUAGCCCACAGUCAGUGCUGAAUGGUGUGGAGACAUUACGAGAAGAAAGAGUCUCUCUCUCUUCAACAAGUUCUUUUACCCAUGCAACUCAGAUUCAGUCUCGACUAAACAGUCCUGACUGGCUGCACUCUAAGGCCAGCUCUAAUGUCAGCAUACCUGCCCUUUGCAACCGGCCCUCGCUGGACAGAACUGGGGAAGGAGACCAUGUAUCACCCUGCCCCACAGAUCUGGGGUCAGCAACGACAUCCUCAGACAGCUUUAGGCUGGAUUCAUCAAAUGCAAAUCACAAGUCAGAAUACCACAACAUGUCAAUUACCACCUCAGGAGGAAAUGAGAAAAGAGAUGCUGCCAAGAGUGAUUGCCAAAUGGAUUCUAAGGCAGCUGUUUCAUCAGAUAAGCACUCCCACAGCAGAGCUCAUGGUCAAAUUGAAAGUCCCCACUUCUUCCUAGAAAAGAAGGAAAGUGAGACUUGUCAAAGCCGGGAGGGGAACAGAGAUGGAGGCAGCGGUUGUCUUGAUGGACACAUUGAUUGCAGUGAGAGAAACAGCUGUGACAGCCCCUCCCUAAAGCUUCAAGCCCUAGAUGCUGAGUUGGGACUCUCACCAUCAGCAGCCGACCCCCAAGCUCCAGAAGGUCUCCCUGCUCAGCAACAGCCUGUUACCUCGGAGGAAAAGACUCUUUACCACCCCCUGUUCUUCCACUUAUCUUCAUCAACAGAAGAAGAUAAGUGGAAUACAGCAAACUCCACAAAGUCAGAGUCCAGUUCUGCCUGCGCUGCCACUUUAUCAGAAAAAUCCAUGUCUCCCACUGCCACCGACGUAAGCCCUCUCCUCUCUCACAUCACCACCAGCGACUGCCCGGUGCUCUCUCCACGCUGUUCCAACAUCAGCCACAGUCUUCGGUAUAACCUGGAUCCUGACAUUGCCCCCUCUCCACCGUGCUCACAGGAAGUGCGCAUGGCACGCAGUAAUGUCCACGCAGAGCCGGGAGAGCGAGAUCCAUCUGUCAACAUGCUAAACAAACACAUUCAUUAUCUGAGGAAAAGGAUCAGACGAUUUGAGGAACGCUUUGAACAAGAACGACACUACAAGCCAGCUUACAAUGACAAGACAGCAAACCCAGAGGUGGCCAGGCUUAUGAAGGAGUUGAUCAAGAGUCGCAAACAACUCAAAGAGCUGAAACUAAAACAAUCAAUAAAGGGACAAGAAGACGUAAACCAACUGCAUCAGUCCUGUAAAGCCCAUCAUGACCACAGGGGGUCAGCGCUGGCAGGGUUGGAGCUUCAGCUGAUUAAUAAUAAGGGCAACACAAAACCAAAUGUGGAGGAAACAGCCAUUAUUAUCAGCAACAGACUGAAGGAAAGGAGGAGAGACCUGGAACUGCCAGAGAGCCUCAAGGAGAUGUCCCAUUUCCAAAUAGCCCUGGAAAAGACCUGCUUGCAAAAGUGCUUGCUAUUCUAUGAAGGUCUACAUGGGCGACCGAGCACCAGACAAGAGCGAACUCUGAUGAAGCCCUUCUAUGACCGAUACCGUGUCGUCAAACAGCUCCAGAAUUCCUCCUCUGCCUCAUCUGUGAUCACAACCAUUAAUGAAGAGGAGGGCUCAGAUGAGGAGAGCCCGAAACCUACUAUCCCAUACCCAUUGCCUCACUCAAUCAAAUCUCACUCCUUCUCUUCAGACAAGUCUCUCGUGGAGCUGUGUGAAACUCCACUGGUGUCUCCUUUAGAUGAAUCAAACACACACCAGCCCCAGCAAAUUACCAUGGCAACACUUCAUGAAGCAUCCAGGCCAGAGCUGUUGGACCACUUGAGGAUGGCCAGAACUGAGAAGCGUAGGUUGCACCAUGUACUGCGCGAGUUUGAGGAGCACUUUUACUCACAAACUGGCAGAGCUUGUCAAAAGGAGGACCGUGGACCCAUGGCAGAGGAGUACUGCCAGUACAAAAACCUCAAAGCAAAACUGCGCCUCCUGGAGGCCCUGCUCAGUAAACACCAGGGCUCAACCAGCAGCUGA